AUGUCUGAACCAACCAACAUCGCGCUCUACAUGGACGAUGAUUGUCAUCUCUCCGUGAAGCGAGACUUUCCUGUCCCAACCCCAGAAGACGACGAGGUUUUGAUCAAGGUUCUCUUCUCGGGCGUCAACCCAGCCGACAUCAAACACGGCCAGGCGUUGGCCGUCCGCCCUGUCGUCCUAGGGUAUGACUUCAGUGGGCACGUCGUCUCCGCCCCUCCGGGAUCCGACUUCAAAGUCGGAGACGCCGUAGCCGGCACGACUCCUACCGGCCUCGGCCGCCCGGCCCGCUACGGCACCCAUCAGGAUUACGCGACCUGCCCCGCGGAACGGUUAUUUCACGUCCCCGAAAACCUGCCCAUGCAGGACGCAGCCUCCCUGGUCGUCGUGGCCAGCACCGCUGCCGACGUCAUCUUCAACCUGUUUGACCUACCGCCCAUUCCCGCCGAAAACCAACCAGCCGCAGUCGCACCAGCGCCCGGCGGCAGCUUGCUCGUCUGGGGAGCCUCGACUGCCGUCGGCAGCAGCGCGGUGCAGUACGCGCGGGCGAGCGGCGUCAAGACCAUCAUCGUGACGGCGUCGGCAUCGCGGCACGAAAUCCUGCGCGGCCUGGGCGCCACGCACUGCUUUGACUACCGCGACGCCGAUGUCGAGGAGCAGAUAGCGUCGUUGAUCAAGGAGCAAGGGCUCGACCCGAUUCGGUACGCGCUGGACGCGGCUGGAAAUCCAGGGGCGAACGGCGGCGCGUCCUCGGCCGACAGGAUGACCCGCUGCGCCUCUCCCGACGCCGCGCGAGCCUCGGUCGUGUUUACGAACCCGCCCAUGCCCAUGGCCUUUGCGGACCGUAGCCGAGACGCCAUGUUUAAGCUGGAUGGGAUGCCGGAACCAGUAAGCAUCCCUCGUGAUGAGCCAAAGGCGGCAAAGGUGAAGGAGGCUCUGGACUGGACGGUGCGGAAUUACGGCAAUGGGUUUGUUUUGCCUUUGGUGGAAGUGUGGAAUGGGAAGAGCGAGGAUGCGCUCGAACAAAUUAAAGUCAUUGCCGAUUGUGGCAAGUUUGGAAAACUGGCCAUUCAACACCCUUUGUUAUAG